UGAUAAGCCAAAUGCCGUCUGCCUUAUAUUCAAAUGAAUAUAGGGCAACAUUUUAUUUAAAUCGGCUAACGGAUUUAUUUUUGAAUAUACUAGUCAGACUAGAACUUGUGUAUAUCUACGGCAAAGUUCUCAUUUUUUGUUGUUGUUAUUUUUGAAUUUUUCGUGGCUGUUCCUAAAAGUCAAAUUGGAAUUUAUUAUACCUAACUCGUCGGCGAAUCUGAAUUAAAGCAAUCAAAACAGAUUGCACCAAAAAACAUCGAUAUUGUGAAAGUAUCGAUAGUUAGACCAACAUAAAACUAUCGUUACCACAUCGAUAAUAAGUCGAUAGUUUUCUUUUCAGCUGGCAGCUUAUUUUUGACAUAACAGCGUCAAAAUAUUUUCCUUUUGAGUUUGCAGUGCCACUUCGAGUAGAGCAUUAACAUUUGCUUGCUAGAUUAAAGUUAAAUUUUGCACCUUUCCUUUAAUGAAUCGGAAACGCAAAUGCAGUUCCGAGCAAAAUACGUCACAAGUGUUGUUCAUAUAAAUUAAACAGUUUUGACAAAAUUUAUGUUUCCGACUUUUUUUUUUGCUAUAAAAAAAAAGCGUCGUACAACACACACUGCAGAUGAAGAGAACGCCAUAAAUUGAAGUGUAGGUUGGAAAGAAAAAUAGGAAGAAAAUUUGCAAGUUUUUUCUUGACGGUUGGCGCUUGCGUUCGAGUUCGAGCCUACAGCUGCCUGCCAUCAACCAGCCUGCGGCCAAAGCCAAAAUAUACACCAUAUACUUUUUGACAUCUUCUAAGGAAAAACAACGAAUACGGCGGCAACAGCAGGAACGGCAGCAGCAGCGGCGGCGUUUGCAGUAGCCGAUCAACAGCAACAUUCAAGUACCGAAUAAGAUGGACAUUGAAACAGAUCAGUCUAUCGAAGCAAUGGACACCCAGGAUACCCAAGAGGUCGAGAUAAUCACAAGUGACCUACAACAGCAACAGCAGCAACAACAACAACAGCAGCAACAGCAGCAGCAACAACAACAACAACAGACAAACUCGCCGCCACAAUUGCCAAAGUUUAAAAAUCUGAUACAUCCACAGCUGCAGCAACAACAGCAACAACAGCAGCAGCAGCUACCCAGUGAGAACGGUAACGUGCCGCCACAACAAUUGUUGGCAGAGAGCAGCUCCACAUCGUUUGGCAACGAGCAAGAGAUGCCAAUGGACGACGAAACGAAGGAGGAUCAGUUCCGCUCGGAGACAACAUUCUCCUAUACUGUGGAGAAUGUUGGGCAGAUAAAGCAACAGCAUCUGUCGCAGCCAGUCUAUGUGCGCAUGCUGCCAUGGAAGAUAAUGGUCAUACCGAACGAUCGUGCGCUGGGCUUCUUUCUGCAGUGUAAUGGGGAGAACGAUUCACCCACUUGGUCGUGCAAUGCCAUUGCCGAGCUGCGUCUGAAAUGCCACAAGCCGGAUGCGCCGCCGUUUACGCGCGCUCGCAUCAAGCAUUUAUUCUACUCGAAGGAGAACGAUUAUGGUUACUCGAACUUUAUUACCUGGCAGGAGCUGCAGGAUCCGGAUAAAUAUUAUGUGAACAAUGGCAGCAUUACGCUGGAGGUGCACGUAAUUGCCGACGCACCGCACGGCGUGCUGUGGGACUCCAAGAAGCAUACUGGCUAUGUGGGCCUGAAGAAUCAGGGCGCCACAUGCUACAUGAAUUCGCUGCUCCAGACGCUAUAUUUCACAAAUUCACUACGUUUGGCUGUUUAUCGCAUACCGACCGAGGCCGACGAUAGCACCAAAUCGGUGGGCCUAUCCCUGCAGCGCGUCUUCCAUGAGCUGCAGUUCGGCGAUCGCCCUGUCGGCACCAAGAAGCUAACCAAAUCCUUUGGCUGGGAGACACUUGACUCGUUCAUGCAGCACGAUGUCCAAGAGUUUCUCCGUGUGCUGCUCGAUAAGCUCGAGUCAAAGAUGAAGGGCACCUGCCUCGAGGGCACCAUUCCCGGCCUGUUCGAGGGCAAAAUGUCAUCGUACAUUAAAUGCACAAAUGUCGAUUACAACAGCACACGCUACGAGACCUUCUACGAUAUUCAGCUAAAUAUCAAAGACAAGAAAAACAUCUAUGACUCAUUUCAGGACUAUGUCGCCUCCGAGACACUCGAGGGUGAUAACAAAUACGAUGCCGGUGUCCACGGUCUCCAAGAGGCCAGCAAGGGCGUCAUAUUCACAUCAUUCCCGCCGGUGUUGCAUUUGCAUUUGAUGCGUUUCCAAUAUGAUCCGAUUACAGAUAGCUCGAUCAAGUAUAACGAUCGCUUCGAGUUCUAUGAGCAAAUCAAUCUGGAUCGUUAUCUGGCGGAGCGUGAGAAGACACCAGCCGACUAUGUGCUGCACGCUGUGCUGGUGCAUUCGGGCGACAAUCAUGGUGGGCAUUAUGUGGUCUUUAUCAAUCCAAAAGCCGAUGGUCGCUGGUUCAAAUUUGAUGACGAUGUGGUCUCCAGUUGCCGCAAACAGGAGGCCAUCGAGCAGAAUUAUGGCGGCAUGGAUGACGAGAUAUCGUUUCAUGCCAAGUGCAGCAAUGCCUACAUGCUGGUCUAUAUACGGCAAUCCGAGCUGGAUCGCGUUUUGGGCGAUAUACCCGAAAAUGAGAUAUCCAGCGACCUGGUUGAGCGCCUCGAUUUGGAGAAGCGCAUCGAAAUGGCACGACGCAAGGAACGCAGCGAGGCCAAUCUGUAUGUGCCCAUACACGUAAUACUCGAGGAGUAUUUUGAGUCACAGCAAAAGCGACGUCUCUUCGAUCUGGAGAAGACUCACCAGCGUCCAUUUAAGCUAAAGCAAAACCAAACUGUUAACGAAAUGGUCGAGAUGUUGGUCAAGGCAUUCGGUGUGCCGCGCGAUCGCAUGCGCAUGUGGAACAUGUGCACGGCCCAAUCACAAAAGUUCCUGCAUUUUGAUUUCGAGGCGGAGGCCGGACGCACCAUCGAACAGAUACCCACCUCCCAAAAGCCGUGGGUCAUUUUCCUGGAGCUGGCACCGCCCGACAGCAGCGUUCCCCUGCUGCCCUUCAAUCCCAAAACGGACGUGUUGCUCUUCCUCAAGUAUUAUGAUGCGCGCAACAAGCGCCUCAAUUACAUUGGCUGCACACAGCAGCCGCUGUGUCGUCGCCUCAGCGAACUGGUGCCGGAGAUUAAUCGGAAGCUCGGCUUCGAGCUGGACACCGAGCUGACCGUGUUCGAUGAAUAUGCCGAUAAGAAGAUACCUAAUAUUAAUGAGCCCAUCGAGAAUGUGCUAUAUAUGCCGCAGGAUCAUUUGCAGGGUCCGAUUUUGAUAUUUGAGCGCGAGAAUGUUGAUGCUAAAUUGGAUUUGCCCACCGUUGAGGAUUACUUUUUGGAUCUGGUCUAUCGCAUCGAGAUCAUCUUCAGCGACAAAUGCAAUCCCAAUGAGCCGGACUUUACGCUCGAGCUAUCGAAUCGCUACAACUACGAUCAGCUAACUAAUGCGGUCGCCGAGCGCCUCAACACGGAUCCCCAGAAGCUCCAGUUCUUCAUGUGCAUCAGCAACUACAAAGAAACCGCCGGCAAUGCUGUGCCCUACACCUACAAGGGUACCAUUAAGGAUCUGUUAUCGUACACAAAGCAGAGCACGCCGAAACGUAUCUUCUACCAGAGAUUGUCCCUGAGCAUACAUGAACUGGAUAACAAGAAGCUAUUCAAGUGCAUUUGGGUUUCCAAUGACCUGAAGGAGGAGAAGGAGCUGGUGCUGUAUCCCAACAAAAAUGAUACAGUCAAGGGACUACUGGAUGAGGCUGCCAAGACAAUAACAUUUGCCGAGAAUAGCCGCAAGAAGCUGCGUCUCUUGAAGGUGGGCAAUCACAAGAUUGUCGCCAUAUGCAAGGAUGAUAUACCGCUAGAGACGCUGAUGAAGACCAACGAGUCGAUAACAACCACACAGGGCACACAGAAGAUCUAUCGCAUCGAAGAGAUACCCGCCGAGGAGUCACAGCUGGCCGAGAACGAGCUACUCAUCCCGGUGGCCCAUUUCAGCAAAGAGCUAUACAAUUCCUUCGGUGUCCCGUUCCUCACAAAGGCGCGACACGGCGAACCGUACGGGGCGCUCAAGCAGCGCAUACAGAAGCGUCUCAAUGUGCCCGACAAGGAGUGGGAGAACUAUAAGUUCGCCGUUAUCACCAUGGGCCAUACCAUUGACGUGAACGACAAUACGUCCAUUGAUCUCGAGGUAUAUCGGACAUGGACUGGCGGCCAGUUGCCGUUCUUUGGGCUCGACCACAUCAACAAAUCGCGCAAGCGCAGCUCACUCAAUUUCUCCGAGAAGGCAAUCAAAAUCUACAACUAAAUCCAACUAUCAACAAUAACAGCAAACGAAAAAAAUAUAUACAUAUAUUCAGCGUGUUCGUCGUGUGUGCGAGUGUG